GCCAGAACUGCCUCAUGGUUGACGCAGAGUGUAACAUUAUCUGGAUAGGUUUCUAUGAUUUAUUCAAAGCUCCCCAAGCUCCCUCUCCCAGAAUCAGGUUUUUAGAAGCCAGGCCACUAUGUCAAGGUUUAAAGCAGGCACCUCAGGAAAGGGGCGUUAUGAGAAGGAGACUGAGAUGUGGGAGAAGCAGGAAACAUCACCAUCUGAGGAAGAGAGAACAAACUUACUUGAUCAGCUCCUCCAUGAAAAAGUGCACAGUGGCACAAAGGAAACAGUGAGUACUCUAGAUCAGGGAUUCCAUGUACCUGCUUAAUUCCUCACUGUGGCUGAGGGUGUGUGUGUGUGUGUGAGAGAGAGAGAGAGAGAGAGAGAGAGAGAGAGCGCGAGCAGGGCUCGAGUGUGUGAUAUAUUAGCUGUGAGCAUUAGCUUGGGUGGAGUGGGGGGGGGUGCGGGACUGAUACCUGUGUCCAAAAUGACACUGCUGAAUGAACAUUUUGUGGAUACAGUUUGUAAGUGUGUUUCCGUUUUGCCCACUAUGAGUUGUGUGGUGUAAUAUUAGACCUUAGAAAGCAUCUUUUUGUACCCUUGGUGAAAAUGGGUCCUGGGCCACUAGAAUCUGUUACUCUACCAUUCUGCUUCUUGGGACCCAGUUAGCCCUUGCUUGAUAUCAACACAGUCGCUGCCCUUGUUUUAUCCCUCCUAGAAGCAGGUGAAAGUUGAUAGUUUUGGAAGAGCAUAUCAAAACCUCCUGUUCGAGUGAUGUUCACUGUUCACUUAUUCAUCCUCUACUUUUCUGAGAUUGGAACAAAAAGGAAUCACUUGGAGAAGUGGCAGAGGUUUACUUCUUGUGGCCCAUGUCUUCUGUGAGACAUCUACAGUGUAUCCUCAAUGGUUCCAAGCAGAGUGACCUACCAGGAGAAUAUCAAACCCUUUAUGCUCACAUAUUCAAACACACACAUCUAUGCUCCUCCUGUCAGUGUUGUAACAUGCAGUCUGGCUGUUCCUAUUACUGGUAAGUGAAGGGCCUAUUUUCUUAGUAGGUGUCCUAAUUCCAAGCAUAGGCCUAAUGUCAGGGAACUGCCAUCAGUGCCGGAGGGAGAGAGCAAAAUCCAGAGGGAUUCCAGAGGGUGUUCUGGGAUUGGGAGAGGCAGCCCAUCUUCUGGGGAAGAGAAUCAGCGUAGCACCAGUGGAGAAGCGGGGCAGAUGGGGGAAGCGGCGAGGAGGUCCCAUGACUCCUUUGCCGGGGACCAGCGAGGAGAGUAGAGGUCCUCCGCUGCCUACGCCCUCCUUGCGCAGAAGGCUUUCGCGCAGAGAGAGUAGGAGGAGACUAGGCGUCAAAGAGCUUCUUUGCUGGAAGAAGUUUAAGAAACGCCCACUGACGGAUUCUGCCAGCGACUGAGACAGCCACGGGUGAGUGGCUGUCCGGACAGAAAAGGUUCACUCAGGCAACCCAGCCAGGUGUUUGCACCGGCUUACGCACGAGCAACCCCUAGAACCACUACACCUAAAUAUUCAAGCAUUACAUCCAAUUGAAUUGCAGCAAUAUGGCUCAGCAGGCAGUCUUUUGGAAGCCAUAGAAAUUGGAAGUGAACUUAGCGUGGAACUCAUUUUUUUUUUAAAGGUAUGAUAUCUGAAUGAAAAGUGUUCUGUACAGGGAAUGCAAUAUUGAUACUAAAUGUUUCCAAAUGGCAAUAGUGAGGCAAGUCAGCCAUGGAUUAGUGGACAUAACUUGCUCGCUGCUGCACUGUGACCAAAUAUUUUCUUAUCUAAAACGUGUCAUUCUGUUUUCACCUGGUAAAGGUUGAAGGGUAAGUUACAUCAUGGGCCAUUUUCCUUUGAUCUUUAGCAUUCUACAUUUAUGAGAACAAAACCAGCCACUUAAAUUGCACAUUGAUGGAUUUAAAUGUACGCAAGAUGAAAAUGGGCUAUGUAUGGCUUGAACACAUGAAAACGAAAAACACGAAGACAUUGCAAAGCAGGGAUGGAGAACAUCUGGCCUGUGGACCAACCUCAAGGCUUCAAGUUAUGAAUGCACGGACAGCUGUGGCCAUGUGAGACUGAAGCAAGUUUAAGACGGCAAUAUAAAUAUCUACACUACUUAGAAGUGAUUCCUACUGAACUCAGUGGGGUUUAUUUCCAAAUAAGCCUGCUUAGGUUCAAAUUGCAAGCACCUUUUCCGAGUUUAUAAGUCUGCUUUCACCAGUCUGGUGCCUCCAGAUUUUAAAUGGUUUUUAUUGAAAGAGUUUCAUAGACAACAAAGGCACAUAUAAUAUCUCUGUUUUCAAUUCACAGAGUCCUAUCCACAGGUAGGUGUACAUUUGGUGUGAGACGUUGCUAUCAUAGGCACUCUGAGGUUACGGGGAGGGGAGAAAGAGGUGGAAGAAAGAUGCUUUGGACUACAACUCCCCUCAGCCCCAACUAGUCAGGGCUGUCAUAAUGAAUGCCUAUUUAAUUAUAACACAAACACAGACUUCAGGCUACGCAGUAAGGCUUCAUUCACAAGAGCUCAUGCAUGAGCAUACUUAAUCAUGCAAGCAGAAUAAGUAUUUUGAGUGAAAUGUCUUAGUUUACUCAAAGGAAGUCAAGCAGAAAAUAAAUUGCAGGGAGGGGGAGGGAAAUUAAUUUUUUUUAGCACUAACUCUAUUUCACCCUCUCUUAAACUAAGAAACAAGGUGCAAAAUCUUAAAUUAGAGCCAGUGUGGUGUAGUGGUUAAGAGUGGUAGUUUCGUAAUCUGGUGAACUGGGUUCACAUCUCUGCUCCUCCACAUGCAGCUGCUGGGUGACCUUGGGCUAGUCACACUUCUUUGAAGUCUCUCAGCCCCACUCACCCCACAGAGUGUUUGUUGUGGGGGAGGAAGGAAAAGGAGAAUGUUAGCCGCUUUGAGAUUCCUUUGGUAGUGAUAAAGCGGGAUAUCAAAUCCAAACUCUUCUUCUUAAAUUACAGUUUGUGGUAAUCUUACAACCUCAUGCUAUUGUCUGUCCCAAAACCUUUGUAGGAGCAAAUGACAUUAAAAGUGGGACCCCAUAACCUACCUAGUAUCACCAUAAGCACAAAUAAUAAUUAGGGAUGUGCAAUAAUAGAUGUUUCAAAAAAUGGCAGGGAGAACAAAGAGAUUCUAUUGGUCACAACCAGAGAUUAAUAACAGAAGAAAGGUACCGUAUUUUUCCAUCUAUAAGAUUCCCCCUAUUUUGGGGGACUCCGAUUUAAGAAAAAGAGGGGGGAUAUGGCCCCCCAUGUAUAAGAUGCCCCCAAAUUUUGGACAUUAUUUUUUUAGGAAAAAAACCUAGUCUUAUACACGGAAAAAUAUGGUAAUUUUUAUCACAAUAUCAAAAACAACAUGUUUUAAAUGUUACCUCAAAAUGUAAUUCUUUACACAGCUGAUAGUAUGCCUUAGUUUGUAGCUUUCGAUAACAGAUGCUUUCUUUUUGUCCUUUAGAAAUCUCUUCUCCACCGGCUGAUUUUCCUGGCCAAGAUCUCACCAGAGCUGGCUGACAAAAGGGAUUUAGCUGGUAAGGAAACAUCCUCCUGCUGGCUGCUUCACCUUUCUAGAUAAUUCACAAGAGGCUCUAGAAUGGGGUGAGGCAAAUGAAUGAAAUGGGCUGCCCAUUGCCAUCUUGUUAGCCAUAUUGGUGUCUGGGGCAAAUAUUACAGGCCUUUGGGAGGCUGCCGGGGGCGGGGGGGGGGAGCACAUGAGUUUGGAAACAUAGGAGAAAGGACUGCAUUAAACUAAGUUGCAGAAGCCAGGACAAGUAUUCCCACUAGUGCAGUGGGACUUCCUCCCCUCUCCCCUUCCCCUGUCCCCUCCCCAAAUCUGUUCCAGAAGGUUGGGAGAACCCCCAGGCUGGCAGGAGAAGGGAAGGCAUUCUGUCGGACAAGAUCAAAUGUGUGUCUUUGAGUACAAACCAAAGUCAGCAAACUGUUUUUGCCUACCAAGCAUAAAUGAGAUGCUCUUUUUUAGCUAAGGCAAUUGAGGCAAGUUACACGCAGGUAAAGUGUUAACCUGCACAGCACUGAAAUGAGAAUUAGUAGGAAAUUUUGUAGGGUCGGCCGAAGAGAGGCAAUGCAGAAUCCUCGUAGGGCUGUCACUGAGUCAUUGGGUUAAGUGUUGGGAUACUUUCCAUCUUUUAACAUGAGCUUCAGAUUCAUAGGUUUUCUCAGAUUAAUAGAAAGAGGGGCUUUUUAAAGAAAAUGCAGACAUUAAGAAAGGAUUGCAGGCAUUGGGCCUCCUGCUCUACAAACCCACACCUUUCUUUCCUAUUUCGCAAGCCUGAUUUUAGUUUGGCUUUACAGCAAGGAAGGCAGGGGAUGGGCGAGCCUGAGAGGCCAGGGGGGACAGGUGUCACCUGGCUGUCCCCACUGUAUGGGGGUUGGCAUGCUAUUCCAAGAACGAUUCAAGCCUGCCUUGCUUCUCCUCAGAGUACUGGGAACAACUGUUUGCGAGUCUUCAGCGCUCCUAUUACCAGAGCGAGGGGGUCACAGGCCUACUGCUGCUCUACCCCGCAUAUGUUGUACACAUACUGGAGGUAAGGUCUCUUGGUGAGGUGGUCCCACUGUUGAAAGAUAUGUUGGGAUUACAUGGGAUAGCUCCAUUGGUGGAAUGUGAGACUCUUUAGUCUCAGCGUUGUGGGUUUGAGCCCCACGUUGGGCAAAAGAUUAUUGCAUGGCAGUGAGUUGGCCUACAUGGUCCUUUUCCAACUCUACAAUUCUAUGGUUAUGCUCAAGGUUAUGAGUGACUGCAUCACUCAUGUCCUGAGUUUGCUGGAUCAGUCCUUCGUGGAUCAGUUUGCUGGAUCAGUCCUUCGUGCCUAUGGCCCGUCUAUGAAUUUACUCUUGUAUUGACUCCUGCCCCAAAUGACAGAACACACAUCGGCAUUAGCUGGGAUCCAAGCAUUAUAUAUAUAUAUAUAUUUAAAUAAUUUUUAUUAAGGUUUCAAUCAAAAAUUGAACAACAAAGAAAAAAAAACAUAAAAAAGAUACACAAAUACACCAUACAAAUCCCAGAAAGAAAAUUAAAAAAACACAGAGCAAGAAUCAACAAUAAAAAGAAACAUAACAAUUAAAAACAAUAUCUCUUUUCCAUUUCCGUUUUUGAAUUUACUUAUUUUCUGGACUUCCUCAUACCUCCCUCUUUUGUAUUCCAAUCCAAAUUGUUUGUCCAGCAAUUUCUUUUCCACUUUUUUAAUCCCAAUCUUUAAUUUUAAUAUAAUAUAAUAUAUAACUUCAACUUCUUUAAACCUAAUCUUUGAUCUUAAUGUAAUAUAACAUUGAAAUUUUACCUCUUAAUUAUCAAAUUUCCAUUUCCUUAAACAUCUUUAAUCCUAAUCUUUAAUCUUAGUCUAUCAUUAACUUUAACCUGUACAGCUGGAAACCACUUAUUUUCAGUCCAACAUCACUCUAACAUUCUUUAAUUUUGCAAUGUUUCUGAAGAUAGUCUUUGAAUUUCUUCCAAUCUUCCUCCACCAACUCUUCUCCUUGGUCACGGAUUCUACCAGUCAUUUCCGCCAGUUCCAUAUAGUCCAUUAAUUUCAUCUGCCAUUCCUCCAGCGUGGGAAGUUCUUGUGUCUUCCAAUACUUUGCGAUGAGUAUUCUUGCUGCUGUUGUUGCAUACAUAAAGAAAGUUCUAUCCUUUUUUAACACCAUUUGGCCGACUAUGCCCAGGAGAAAGGCCUCUGGUUUCUUAGGGAAGGUAUAUUUAAAUACCUUUUUUAAUUCAUUAUAUAUCAUUUCCCAGAAAGCCUUAAUCUUUGGGCACGUCCACCAAAGGUGAAAAAAUGUACCUUCAAUUUCUUUACAUUUCCAACAUUUGUUAUCGGGCAAAUGAUAGAUUUUUGCAAGCUUGACUGGGGUUAUGUACCACCUGUAUAUCAUUUUCAUAAUAUUCUCUCUUAAGGCAUUACAUGCCGUAAAUUUCAUACCUGUGGUCCACAACUGUUCCCAGUCAGCAAACAUAAUGUUAUGUCCAAUGUCCUGUGCCCAUUUAAUCAUAGCCGAUUUUACCGUUUCAUCCUGAGUAUUCCAUUUCAGCAGCAAGUUAUACAUUCUUGACAAAUUCUUAGUUUUGGGUUCUAACAGUUCUGUUUCUAAUUUGGAUCUUUCCACCUGGAAGCCAAUUUUCUUGUCCAAUUUAAAUGCCUCCAUUAUCUGAAAAUAAUGAAGCCAGUCUCGCACUUUGUUUUUUAAUUGGGAUCCAAGCAUUAUAACCCUGCUCUUUCACCUCUCUCACCACCUCCCACUCCAUCUUUUCCCCCAGCCAGAGCCCUCUCCCCACAAGUCCCUUUCCACCAGUGCUUGGAAUGGUACCCUUUGCAUUAUUGAGAUAAGGGCCAUAGCAAGGAAUGAGAAGGUGAGACGGUGGCUCUGGAAAAGCAGCUCCUCCAUGUGCUCAGCAGCCUUACAAAGGAAAUCAUGAGAGGGCUUCCUUUUCCAGAAUCUGUCGUGUUUGUUGGCUCCAUUGGUGAGGUAGUCUCCUUGGCAGUACCUGCUUUUUUCUCGUUAUCAGACACCCUUGGAUGUUGUGAAGUCAGCCUCUCACUGUUCGUAACCACGGCAACAGACAGCCUAGGAGUCCUUAGCUGGAGUUGGCAUCUGGACCAGUUUUAGAUCAACAGUUCCAAAAUGUGUCUUGCCCCUUCUUUCAUUGUUUUGGAAACCUUACAUCACAAUUCUGCUCCUUCAAUACACACAGCACAACUUGUUGUGCUUUCACUUCCAUCUGAAAAGCCUGGGCUCGUCCACCCUUCAGUUUGUUCUGUGCCUAAAAAGCAUGGCUCCCAGCAGUUUUCUGCUUCACCCAUACUUUCUAGGCAUGGGUCCAAGCAGUUUCCCCCUUGCCCCACUCCUUUCCCAGGGAAAACCUGCUCUUUAGUACUCAAUCGGAGCAAGUGUCAAUCUGGAGAAAACCACUUUGUUGUUUGCUCCAAUUGAACACUAAAGAGCAGUUUUCCCUGGGGGGGUUUGCAUGCAAAAUCAGGACUGGGUUAACCAUUAAGCAAAAUAAGCAUGUGCUUAGGGCAUCAAGGGAAGGGGGACACCAGAGAAAUUUUCCAUUGCUGGGUUUUUAUCAUUAAUAGUCACAAAUUACUCAGCUGAGCGUUCAUUUUCUGAGUUGAAUUAUAUUAAAAAUUCCAACAGAACAAUUAUGCAACAAGGCAAGCUGGAUGUCUUAUCUCUACUAAGCAUAGAAGCAGAUGUGUUAUGCAAGAUUAGUUUUGAGGAUCUGAUCAAAGACUUUGCAAUUAGAAAAAGCAGCAGAAUUUUUUUUCAAUUAUAGAUAAAGUGGAAAUAUACAAAAAUAAACAUUAUUUUCAUCUUACUGUUGGUUUUGUUCCAUUUUGAAAAAUAAAACUUUUUUACGGUUUAUUAUUGUGUGUGUGUACACACACACAUACACAUGGAUAUUUAAAGAUUCUAAUAUGAUCCUGUGCAAAAUGUAUGCUCUGCCAUUGAGCUUUAGCUCUUUCCCCUCAAACCAUCCCAAAAAACCCAGGCUAUUUGGAGCCUGUUGCACUUCUGCAAACUUGUUCAAGAAGAGUGCCCCUGCUUUAUUGCUAGGUUGCAUUUUUAACCAGAUGUGUUGAUUUGUCUUUCAGUCAUCCAGUGAUGUGCUUUAUGCUGUCCUGCGAGACCUGAGGGAUAUGGAGCAGCAGCAGAGGUGAGCAGAUGGUGGCAAUUAUGUGCCCUCUUCAAGCCUAGGGCUGGUUGUCAGGAGAGCAAUUUUGAUUAACAGGAUUUGAUCUGAUAUACUAGCAGUGCAAUCCUCUCAGAAACACCAUUAAGUUCAGCGAGGCUUACUCCUAGGCAAGUAGGCAUGAGAUCACAGUCUAAAUAUACCUUUUGAUCUUGUAGGAUGCAAGGACUGAACCCCUCAAUGCUAAUGUUUCUGUAGGCUUCACUAAAGGAACUGUUUCUUUCAGCUUCCAGCAAUUCCUGAUAGACUGCCAUACUACAUGACCUUGGACCUUGCAUGGACUCUUGGCUUAGUCUAUCAUACAGGGGUGUUCUGAGGAUGAAUGAGGGAGGAUGCCCCCAAACUUUUUGGAGGAGUAGUGGAUAAAAACACCAAUACUAAUAACACAUAUUCUGGUACCGAGAGGCAGAUGGGCAGUUGACAUCUUUACUUCUCCCUGACUCAAGUAUUGUGGUGCUUUUUAUAUGCGAAUGAGCUUAACAGAUUUCAUAUCACGUGAGGGAAGCAAUACUUAACAUUCAACAUUUUGCCUAACUACACAUUAUAUUUAUGACAUGAUUAGCAAUCAUGUAGUGGGUUUAAUUAAAAAUAAAAUACUAGGCAUUUGUGGGGUGGUGGUGGUAGAGUAUCAGCGUAUCCUUUUCCAGCUGUGAUUUAAUAAAAACGGUAAUCGGCAUUAGGAGAGGGGGAAAAGUUCCUAUUGACAUCAAUGGGAAGUUUUCUCUUAGUACUAAUUGCUACAUAGGGUGAGUGUGCAUGAGACCUUUAUGGAGAUUGCAGUUGGGAAGGGGGGGGGGUUUAAGCCUCUCUUGACACUGUGGUGUCAAUUACAACGUGAACCUGUAGUUUGGCCUGAGUUACUGAGUGGCAAGAGUUCAUAUUUGCAUUUAUGAACCUGCCCUUAGAAAACAUCAGGCCUGGGGUGUCACAACCUUGCAGGAGCUCUCUGGUUCUGUGGAUGUCACUGCGCUUGGCUCAGUUUCCAGCUUUUCAUGUUUUGAAGCUUUUAUUCUUUGAAGGAGCUUAAGGAAUCCCUUAAUGUCUAUGAGAGGAAGGCUAGAGUUAGAACCUUUCAUGGUGGUGAUGUAUUUGUUUAGCGCUUCCGACUCUGCUAAAUGGCAUUAUGUGAUACAGUGGUACCUCGGGUUACAUACGCUUCGGGUUACAGACUCCGCUUACCCAGAAAUAGUGCUUCAGGUUAAGAACUUUGCUUCAGGAUGAAAACAGAAAUCGGGCUCCGGCAGCGCGGCAGCAGCAGGAGGCCCCAUUAGCUAAAUUGGUGCUUCAGGUUAAGAACAGUUUCAGGUUAAGAACGGACCUGCAGAACGAAUUAAGUACUUAACCCGAGGUACUACUGUAGUUUGAAAUGUUUCUUCUCACCCAGACUGUAGUUUACCCCCAUACAGCAACAAGCACCAUUAAGCUACCAAUUCACAGGAUUCUUUGUGGAUGGAGACAUACUUUAAAUGUAUGCUGUACAUGCAGACUCAGGCCAAAUCCUGCUGCUGGGUGGAGGGGGUUUGGUUGCCCCAUUGCCUUUGUUUCUGUCCUGAGAGGUACCCCACCCCCCAAUAGUUGUUUUUCUCUUGGUUUCAAAAGAAAGUGCAAGCUCUGAGCUGUGAUUUCUUGGCCUCUGUUUCAGAGUGUUAGUCCUGGAUGCCAAGAUCCUUGUCAUGUCCCACAAUCUCCCUUCCCGACUCUUCCAGCAGUGGAACUACAAAGUGCUGAAUGUGCCUGAGAGAUACCAGGAGUACGAUGCAGCCCGAGAAGAGUCAAUGGAGGCUAUCAUCUGCGAGUGCCUCACCACGCUCCUGAAACUUGGCAAGCAUCUGCAGAGGUACCCCAAGGUAUGGGCCCUUGAGCCGUUGCCAGAAUGGGUCUGACACUCUCCUAGCCUCUUCUACUAUUGUUUUCGCUGUUUUGGUACCUGCAGAGCAUGCAUUAUUAGUAUGUCAGGCGCUGCACGCACAGAGACUAAAGACCGCCACCAGCCAUUUGCAAUGCAGCCUAGUAGUGCCUGAUAUGAUGGAGGUCACGUAGAAGAGAUGGGAGCUUUUUUUGGCCACGGAAGAGUAAGAGAAAGAGUGGCUGAAGGAGGCCUGGCAACAACUCUCCAAGUUGAUGAUGUUGGUGGCGAUAGUAGUAAUUUAUAUACUGCUUAAUGCCAGAUUAGGCUUCUGCUAGUAUAAAAACCAGUUGCACAGACUUUUAAACAUAAAUGCUCCCAAUUAAAAUACAACAGUAAAAAAAAAUAUUCCUCUUAAAACAUUAAAAUAUAAGCAUCCAUAAUUAAAAUAUGCAACAAAACAAUCCCAUUCGAACAACAGCAAGCUACAACAGCAUCUCUUCCUCAGAUAGCUUGGGAAGCUGAUGCCAUGCCAUCAAAAAUUAAGGCUGGUUUAAGUUUCACCUCUAAUGCAAUGGUAUUUUUCUUUUCAUUGUCCCUUUCAUUGCACUGACUGGUAAGUGACCCAAGCGUUAUAAAACAGGACAGGUCAGCAAAAUAUUCCCACCAGCACAGUGUUCCUAUCUUCAUAUAGACCAUGGGAUUCACCUGACGCUGAGUUCUUAACUUCUUCUCCAGAAGCCCAAGAACCUUGAAGAUGCCAUCCUGGAGAAGGUCCCAGAGCUCAUUGUCCCCCAAGAUACCAUCUGCCACCUGCUGGAAUGCCAAGAGUUACCGAGUGCAGCUCAGUACCUGCAACUUUAUGACUCCCCUUUGAACAUUCUGAUGGAUUCAGGUAUGGACCAAUCAUGUAAGGCUAGGGAGGAAGGCUGUGGGUGGGCCCAUAGCCCAACAUUUUGUGGGACUGGGGCCUAAGAGGCACAGGUAAGAGUCUCUAGGGGAUGUAGAACACCUGCUUGGAAAAUAGAUGAUCAAGGGUAUGGUCUGAAGGCACAUGAGACUACCACCAUGUUGCUGGAACUAAGUGGGUUUGUUUCUGGCUGGUGCCUGGGUGACUACAUGGAAACCACAUGUAUACUGCUUUGGGCUUCAUGGUGAGAGAAAGGCCAGAUUAGUCUGUUAGAAAUCACACAAGCAAGGUCCUAGGUUUAAUCCCCUGCAUCUGCAGGUAGGCCUGGGAAGAUCCCUACCUAGAUCAUGGAGAGCUGUUGCCAGUCAGUCUGAUUUGGCAAAAGGUAGCUCCUUGUAUUCAUAUUCAUUGCAGAACUAUCACAACAUCAAUACUGUAAGCCCAAUACGUUUAAAGUGGUUUGAUUUGAUUAACUAUUAAUUUGAUCACAUUUACAAACAAGGGCUUAGAGUUUAGCUGUUAUCCAAAUACAUUUGCGCUCAUUCCCCAGAACAUUGGAAGGCAAGAGUACUUCUUAGGAGCAAAUGGGUAGAAUACGCUGCCCUCUUUUCCUAUGAUCUCCACCUGUGAACUGGCCAUAGAGGCUAAAAAUUCAGGGAAGGAGACUGGGGGUAUUCUUUAGGGGCCCCGGCAGCAAUUAUUUAAGGUCCCCAAAACAGAUUUCCCCCAGUGUUCCUACUAGAGAUACUUUAAGUGGAUGCACCAAGGCAUGGACCUGGGAUUUUCUGCAUGCAAAUCAUGUCUCUAAUGCUUGGGCUAGCUGCCCAGCCGCUGUACUUACCUUAAAGGCAAGUGCCAAAACUGAUCUUUUUGCUGCUGCCUUUUCCAGCUGCUGAGAGAUGUCCUUGUGAAGCUGAGUGAAUAAUUAUUUAUUUUUUAAAAAAACACCUUUACUUGGGCACCCAGGAUGGGCAGCACCUGUGUACACAGAAGUACUUAUAGCAGUACUUUACUGCUGUAUUGCAUGGACACUUUGGGAAUAAACUUCAGCUGUACUGUGAACAUCCAUGUGAAUGCAGCCUGCAUCUGAACCUCAAAUCUGUGAGCCUCAGGAUAUGCCGCAGGCACCCGGCUCAUCAACCCACCAACAUGUGCUGGCUAGAAAUAUAAUAGGUUAGAUUUUGAGAACAGUUGCUUAGCUUCUCAAAAUCUAACCAAUUAUAUAUCUUAGGAGAACAGACACUUAGGUGUCACAGCAUCCUAUGGGUGCUUGCUGUGUUCAGUCGUCCUUUCCUCCAGGAAAGUGCGCAAGAGAUGACAGCCUUAGCUACCUCAAGCCCCUCUGCUGCAAAAUGCUAGAGCAGAGUUCAAAGUUGAAUAGGUAUUGCCUUGCCCAAGGCUCUCUACAAAACAUUCAAGGCAAGGCUGGUGUACUUGCAAAAAGAAGGCGCUGAGCAUCCUGCUGUAACAUACCAAAUUAAAUGCAAAGCUCAGGAAUCAGAGGACUCAGCUGGUUUCUAAGUCUGCCUCCGCCCCUCUAAGGAUAUUUACAGGUAUCCUGGAGGAUUCUUGAUAGCAACAAGCUUAUUGGCUUGCCUGGGUCUAAUGGCAAAAUACUAACUGCCCCAUGUAGUUAGCGAAGCUACUAGAAGAGGGCAGAUGAGGAAAUUCCAAAGUGGCAAACUUGACCAAACUCUGGAUUUCAGAGAGAUUUGCACAGAUUCUGGUUGUGGUUUGUUAGUGUGUCUUCCAGGAGAAAUGUUUGGCCAAAGGACACAAGAUACUGGAGAAAAGGUCUUAAAUCUAGGUGAUUUAAUUUGCCAUUUAAAACUGGUAUUCUCAUGGAAGGAGAAGACCUGUAAAGUAAUAAAGGUAACCAAAAGAUGACUGUCUUUUGAGAUCAGCCCCUUGGUCCUUCCAAUUAGAAUACUGUUGUGUUAUUUUUGGGGGGUUCCAUCUGUUCUGCAUAUGGAGAGGUACAACGGAUGGCUCCACAGAGAUGGGACUCCUUGUGUGUUAUGGCCUACUUUUCAAUACAGUGGCAAUUAAAUUAUUUGUAACUUGCAGAGUAGUUAUGCCUUUGCUCUCAUCAUGUAAUAUGUUAUGUGCACCAGUGGAUUUUGGUUCUGUGUGCCUCCAAGUCACUGCUUAGCAGUAGAUUGGCAGCCAGGAGGUGAGCUGGGACUUCAAUGGCCUAGCUGGCUUUUUGGGGGGUGGGGGGUAGAGUAAAAGACAAAUGGAGUAAGGUUACCAGAUUUUUUUCAAUGAAUCCGGGGACACUUUUCAACUUCAGUAGGAAUGCUAGGAUUUUGUCAGGGGACUGAUGUGUAAAUCUGGGGACUGUCCCCGGGAAACGAGAACAUCUGGUAACCUUAAAAUAGAGUAACUGGAUGCAGGCAGGGCAGAAGGCAGCAAAUGAAACAGGAAUAGCAACUAUCCAGGCAUUGCCAAGGAAUCCUAUGGGAAACCUUUUCCUGUGCUGCUGGGAGAUCUGUGGACAGAAAGCUCACAUGCUCUCAAUUCUUGGUUGAGUUGUACACGCACACAUCAAUGAGCGUAUGGAUGGACCAAAUGCCUAUACUGUAUCUAGAUCCAUGCCUUGUGCUAUAGAGCAGACACCCCUAUUUGUCUUCCAAGUUUUAUGAGGCAAAACAGCAGCUAUGGGGAAAUGGUACCAUGCUAAGUUAAAUUUCCUCCCUCUCUCUGCUAUGGUUCCUAUGUGAUUCUAUGUUUAUACCUAUGAACUAAUUAAAACAAUCUCCCAUAUAAUGUCCAAUUGAAUGAGCUGAGAGGCAAUGGAUCCUUCAUUGCUAUAGAAAGAAGCAACUCUGUAACCCAGAUUCUCCCCCCACUCAACCCCUGAAUCUUACGUUUAUUUCAGGCAAUGUGUAUGGAAAAGAGAUGGUAAGUUGAGCUUCUGGCUGCCAUAGGAAGACUUUGCCCAAGCACCUUGCUAUCUCUGUGCCCUCUACUAAUGUCUAUGUUUGGAUUAAACAUGAGUCAAUUCCACACACUAAGAAAGCAUGUGGAUUUAUUUCACUGGUUAUGGAGCAAUACAGAGAAAAUGCCCCUUCAAAAUUUAUUUGAUAUUCUCUCUCUCUCUCUCUCAUCCCUUUUCACUUGCCAAGAGACACAUAAAAGGGUUUUCACCUUUGGCAGGGUUUAAUUUGAAAUCAGUCAAUGCUGCCAUUUAUAUAGCCCUUGUUUUGGUUGAAGGGCUUGUGUUUCGAAGCGAUGAUCCCACAUCAGUUUAAGUUCUUCAUGCACAGCGUAAAGGUACAGUACAGCGAAUUGUAUGCUUCCCACUGCAUGCAGGCACUUGCAUGAUGCUUCCCAGCGCAUGAGUAUAGUCACAGGCCACUUGUUGCUAGACCAGACUAACACCACCUGCUUCAUACAGGAACAACUUUUAGUCACCUGUCACAUUAACAUCGCUACCUGCUGCUAUAGAAGCAAUUGCUUUUGAAUUCCACUGCUCUGCGUAGUAUUAAUCACAUUGCAAUAAGCACAGGUUUGUGUGAACAUGCAACACUGUAUGGUAUAGAUUCCUCUUCCAAUCCCAAAACAAAGCUGCUAAUCCACUUCUGUACCACAGUGGAGGAAAGCUAUGGAGACAGCAGUUUGAUUAUGAAGAUUAGCUUAUUUUAGAGAUGGGAACUCCUCCAUUAUGUGUUUCUCCUCCUCAGAAGGCCACAGUGCAAUGCCAGUUUAAUGCUUGUUCCUUCCCACACUCCUUAUGCUGCUUAUCAGAUGCUUCAACACCAGUGAUGUUUUCUCAGUCUCCCUCCCCCUUUGGCCAGCUAGCCCGAGGAAGAGUUCUGGAGAGCUCAAAAGCUUGCAUACAGCACACACUUUUUUUGACAUCUUGGUUGGCCUAAUACGAACUUUGGGAUUUUUUCUUAACACCAACAUCUUUAAGAUUGCUUCAAUAAAUGAAGAAGGGGAAGUUGAUCUCCAGCUAUUGUUGGACUUCACCACCCCUUAUCCCUGAUCAUUGGGCUAGCUGGGCCGGUAAGAGUUGGGAGGCAAAUGGCACCUGGAGUUUCACAGCUUUUCCACCGCUACACAAAAUGCUGUGGAUCAAAUGUGGUUGUUAGUUAGCUGUCUUGCUAGAGGAACAGCAGAGAAUCUUGAGCUCAUAAUGGUCCCUGGAAAAGGUCUGAAAGCAGCAUUCAUCACAAGGUACGAGCUCUUGAAAAGCAGCUGGGUAAACUGGGAAGACAGACUAAGCUCUCUUGGCUAUACAGGAUGGUAUCUCUGUUUUGUUUUUUAAAAAAUAAGGGACCUGACUCUUGCCAUUAAUUCUCUUACUCUGUUCACACAAACUGCUAUUCUAGGGGCUAAGGUCACACUACAUCACUCACUCUGCUUGUGGAAGUAUAUUGUGUCAAAAUUCAUGUAUGUUUGUUCAUGUAUGUUUGUUGUCGCCCGAGAAAUACAUAAAUUAUUGUUGUUAUUGUUUAAAUUUAUUAUUUAUACCUCGCCCAUCUGGCUGGGCUUCCCCAGCCACUCUGGGCAGCUUCCAGAAAAAUAUUAAAAUACUGUAAUACAUCAAACAUUAAAAGCUUCCCUAAACAGGGCUGGCAAAUAGAAGGGGAAGAAAUGGAGGUAGUGAGAGAUUUUACUUUCUUGGGCUCCAUGAUCACUGCAGAUGGUGACAGCAGCCACGAAAUUAAAAGAUGCCUGCUUCUUGGGAGAAAAGCAAUGACAAACCUAGACAACAUCUUAUUAAGUAGAGAAAUCACCUUGCCAACAAAGGUCCUUAUAGUAAAAGCUAUGGUUUUCCCAGUAGUGAUGUAUGGAAGUGAAAGCUGGACCAUAAAGAAGGCUGAUCGCCGAAGAAUUGAUGCUUUUGAAUUAUGGUGCUGGAGGAGACUCUUGAGAGUCCCAUGGACUGCAAGAAGAUCAAACCUAUCCAUUCUUAAGGAAAUCAGCCCUGAGUGCUCACUGGAAGGACAGAUCGUGAAGCUGAGGCUCCAAUACUUUGGCCACCUGAUGAGAAGAGAAGACUCCCUGGAAAAGACCCUGAUGUUGGGAAAGAUGGAGGGUACAAGGAGAAGGGGACGACAGAGGAUGAGAUGGUUGGAUGGUGUUCUCAAAGCUGCCAGCAUGAGUUUGACCAAACUGCGGGAGGCAGUGGAAGACAGGAGGGCCUGGCGUUCUCUGGUCCAUGGGGUCACGAAGAGUCGGACACGACUAAACGACUAAACAACAGCAACAAACAGGGAUGCCUUUAGAUGUCUUCUAAAAGUCUGGUACUUGUUGUUCUCUUUGACAUCUGGUGGGAGGGCAUUCCACAGGGAGGGUGCCACUACCGAGAAGGCCCUCUGCCUGGUUCCCUGUAACUUGGCUUCUCGCAGUGAGGGAACUGCCAGAAGGCCCUCGGUGCUGGACCUCAGUGUCCGGUUAGAAUGAUGGGGGUGGAGACGCUCCUUCAGAUAUACUAGGCCGAGGCCGUUUAGGGCUUUAAAGGCCAGCACCAACACCAAAACAAGAACCACCAAGAUGCAUACCUGUUGUGCUCCAAGCGGUUGUACUUUGGGCAGCAUCCCUGUGCUCCUGUCAAAGCUAGAGGAUAAUCUCGUAUUGCAGCUUACACGUUUUCAUUCUUAAAGCAAGGGACGGAUGCAAGCUUACUCUGGGCUAGCGCCUACAGAAAUGUCCAACACUGUUCCCUUUUGUAUGUUAGGGCCAUCUAAGUGCACAUGGCCUUUUCUGUCGAGUGCAUAUGUGCAUCAGCCACAAAUACAGCUUCCUAUAUGGCGGAACAUUGCUUUUCUGUUUGCUUGAAUUUGUAAACCGCUUUGAGCAGCACCUUUGUGAAGGGAACAAGUGACGCAUAAGCCGGCGCUUGUUUUUUAUUGAGUCAUAACCCCGUCUUGCCAACCCUUGCCCCCAGUCUGUCUAGCAUAAAUCUCCAGCACCUUGAGAUGGUUCUAACACUCCACUUCUUCUGUCUCCAAAACAGAGACGACAUGGCCUUUGGCAGAACGGUUAAAACUGCAUCUUGAAUGGGCUGCUGCAAAGGGAACCCACUUUCAAUAAGGAAAAACGACUCGGGACGAAAUGUAUUGCAUUUGGAGCAGAGUGGUAGUAGCAGGAAAUCAAGACUGAAUACCUUAAGAUUUGAUUGAGAAUUCAACAGCAAAGGAGGUGUUUUAAAGUGAUCACUGGGAAGCAUGAGUAGGAUGAAAGGAGACACAGUUGAGCAAUUUUUUCAUCUCACUUGUUGUUUUAGUUCACCGUUUGUGGAAAGUAUUGAAAAUCUCUAGCGCUGCUCUGAAAUCUUAGGCAUUCCUUCAAUUCAGAACCAGCAUCUAAAUGGCAAUGUUUUCAAAAUAAAGCAUGAUCUCACUUACUAGAAUGGAUUGCAAGACAGUGUGGUGCAGUAGUUUGUAGUUUUGAACUAAGAAGCUGUGAGACCAGUGUUCACAUCUCCACUGGCUGAUAUGGGACAAGUCACAAUUUUUCAGCUUGAACUACUGUAAGGAGGAUAAAAUGAGUAGUGGAGAGGCAAUUCAUACUAGUGGGGUAGGAGAGCUGAAAACAAUGCCAAUAUAUUUCACAUCUUGCAAACCAAUGCAACUCUUUGGUUUCAGAUAGCCCAUGAGUCAGAAAAGCCCAGGACACAAGUUCUCAUGGCCCUCUAGUGGCUAUGGUGUCUCAUUUACCAGACGUAAUGUCUUUAGCAUUCCACUCUGGAAGUGUAUACUCGAUUCUGACCAAGCUAAGCCUCCAAAUUGUAUGGAAACGCCAAAGGAACGUGGGGAGAGCUGCCAUUGUCAGUGGCUAUUCAGGGAGCCUGCCACAGGUGUCCUUAAGAUCCAGAACAGAUGGGACAUGCAACAACUAAUCAUGCCACCUUAUUAAGAGCGCAGAUGCAUCUUGUGCCUAAUGAGUUAUUUGCUUUGGGCUUUGAUCCUGGGUCCGUCUGAGAUAGCAGGAACAUUGGCACUUGGGAUGGAGCACACACACAAACAAGGAAAUCCCCAUGGAGCGAGAGCAGAUGCCUGCAAUUGUGCUUGGCAAGCAGCAGAUGGGUCCUGGGCUGCUGCCACUUCCAAGAGGAGGAAAAAAAAAAUAAGGCUUCUUCAUGGGGCAGAGUUUGCUUCAAUUGCCACCUGAUCAGCAGCUCUGCUGAAAUGACCCAUUACUAAUUGUCAGUCGGUCACACUUUGGGCGAAGUUUCCCCCCCUUUAAAUGCUGAACAUGCCAACUACAGCUUUUGUGGCUUGAAUUUGCCCCAUUACAGCCAACAAGGUUUCUGUGUAUAUCUGUGCCCCUGGGUAUCUGCAGUUGGUAACUUGCAUAAAGGAGGAAAUUGGGAUGUAACUGUUUUUUUUAAAAAAGUUAAGAUUUACACAGUGACCACACACUGGUGGCAGCCAUUGGGGGUGAGGGGAAGCUGUUGGCUUUUAAGGAAGGCGAAAGAAUCACUGAGCUCUCACCCUAAAAUAGAUACGGUGGCAGAACAGGGGCCCAGGGAGCAGGUCAGAUAUGAGAGGCACAUUGCUUUCCCCACAGCUCCAGCAGCACAGAAGUUAUUUAGGGAUGCAAUGGUGAAAUUGAAAACAUCUCUCAGCGGCCCAGGAUACAUUAAGUGAUUGCACAUGUGCCACUCAGAGCACUAUCGAGGCUCCUUGCACACAUAUGAAAUACAGAAAUCCAUUUUUAAAAUGUAAUAUGUUUUCUUAAAAAAGAAAAGAAAAAACCCAUGGACAGGGAUUCAGGAAAGUAGCUUUGGCAUUGCUGCAUUUUGUAUGGGUGAGUCACUUGUGACCUAUAUGCAUUUGAUCUGAUGGGCAUUUUUAACCAGCUCUCCACUCACCUGUUCAGGCUCUUCCUAGUGGUGGUGCAUUAGGAAAUCAAUUUUUCCUACAUUUCAAACCAUAUGUUUCUGUAGUACAAUACCACUCCCAUCAUCCCUGACCACUGGUCAUUCUGGUUGGGGCUGAUAAAAGUCUUCUUCCACUAGGAAAGUAGUCCUUUGAUCAGGAUGAACAGGCCUGUCUCCCUUACUCAAUUCAUCUUCUCCUCAGGUGAUCAUCUGCUGCACAUACACUUGCUUUUAGCUGCCCUUGUCCUAAAGCCAUUUCCCACUCAACAUGAGAAAGUUGGGAGAAAGCCUGGCCAACUUCACCAGCUCCCUAUCCCCUCCUUGCACCUGCACUGGCAUCAUGAAAUCAUUAGCACAGUGGGUUAGACAGGGAAUGCAGCAAGGAAAGAGUUAAGACUAUCAGACCAUCACCAACCAUCUCUUCAUCCAAGAGCAGCCUCAGGACAAUACAGACCAGUAGCAGAGGCAGCCAGCUGUAGAAAUACGUUUCUCCCAUUCCAUCUGGAGAAACAAGAAAACUGUAACUGAUGAAUGGUGAAUAUGAACACUACAAGCAACUCACCAUUUAUGCAUGUUCAAGGCACACGUGCACCACUGCGAACCCGGAAGUGGCAUGAAAAGAGGCAAAAAUGGCCCUAAACGAGCACAAAAAUUGGCAAAAGUGGUGCUAAAGCAGCAUCUAGCAAUCCCACGAGCCUUUGCACUGACCUUUUGAGGCCUGUGGAGAGAUGGAGAGGGAGUGAUUCUGGUGGAGUUUGGCGGAUUUUGGUUUUUUUUAGGGGGUUCCAGAGCUUUAGAGGGCGUUUUCAGGCUUUUUCAAUGGCGUUCCCAGUAUAUGUGAUUUCACUUACAUGUGUGGUGCUUCAGGAUAUAAGGGUAAAGGGACCCCUGACCGUUAGGUCCAGUCGUUGACGAUUCUGGGGUUGCGGUGCUCCUCUCGCUUUACUGGCCGAGGGAGCAUGUGGCCAGCAUGACUAAGCCGCUUCUGGCAAACCAGAGCAAUGCACAGAGACACCGUUUACCUUCCCGCCGGAGCGGUACCUGUUUAUCUACUUACACUUUGACGUGCUCGCGAACUGCUAGGCUGGCAGGAACAGGGACUGAGCAACGGGAGCUCACCCCCUCACGGGGAUUCGAACUGCCGACCUUCUGAUUGGCAAGCCCUAGGCUCUGUGGUUUAGACCACAGCGCCACCUGCGUCCCUUGCCUCAGGAUAUAGCCCCUAUGUAAAAGGGGAGUUGCCUGCCAAUGAAAAAGGGAGGGGCGCUUCCAAAGUGA